CUUGCUCCUUUCGUCUGACCACCUGCCCCACGACGAGCAUCUUCAGAAUAAUCCAGCCCCAAGCUCAAGGCGUCUCUUUCUUUGUCUUCAUCUCCCACAACACUCCCAGUCCCAGUCAGAAAGUGUGUGUGUGUACGUCUAUGUGUGUGUGGGAACUUGGAUGAGAGAGCAUGGACCCGGCUUGGCUGGCAGCGGCUGUUUUCCUCUUGCUCUGGCAGUGUGUGGAGAGCACAAGAGCCGUCAAAGAAUGGACAUAUGCAGGAGUUGUGGGACAAUCUGAAUGGUCAGAGGUUUUUCCAGAUUGUGGAGGUUCUGGUCAGUCACCCAUAGAUGUGGACACUUCCCGAACACAAUACGACUCGUCUCUCACCCCAAUAAAGCCACUGGGCUAUGGCCAGUAUGGCCGUGAACCCUUCACUCUCUCCAACAACGGUCACACAGUGGAGAUGCCAUUGCCAAGUUGGAUGGGCGUGACUGGGUUGCCAUGGCAAUUCAGUGCCGUUCAACUCCACCUACACUGGGGCAACGGAGUGGGCGUGGCUACAGGGAGCGAGCACACCAUUGAUGGAAGUAGUGCUUCUGCAGAGCUCCAUGUGGUCCACUAUAAUUCAGAACUGUAUGCCAACAUGUCCGAAGCUAAAACCCAGGCAAAUGGACUGGCUGUGCUGGGAGUGCUCAUAGAGGCAGGUGGUGAAACCAACCAGGCAUAUACUAACAUCCUUAACUACUUGGGACGCAUCAGGCAUGCAGGUCAGAAAGUGGCCAUACCCGGCUUUGAUGUGCAAACACUGCUGCCCAGAGACCUGAACCGCUAUUUCCGCUACAAUGGUUCGCUGACCACUCCUCCCUGCUACCAGAGUGUGCUGUGGACUGUCUUCGCUGAGAAAGUCAGAAUUUCACACUCCCAGCUGUUGAAGUUGGAGACAGUGCUGUACUCCACUAAAUCUGGGGAGUCACAGCCCACUUUGCUGCAGGAUAAUUAUCGUGCCACCCAGCCGCUUAACCACCGGACCGUCCUGUCCUCCUUCAUCCCUGUUUCAGUAAAAAUCUACACAGAUGGCGAAAUCUCAGCCAUUGUAAUAGGCUCACUCUGUGGUUGCAUUGGCCUGGCCACGAUCACCUGGUUUGCUGUGAAAACGAUUCGCUCUACGUCGAGCUGGGACGUCCUGCCCAGUGUCCGACCGCCUCCCCAGCCCAGAACAAAGGAUGUGGCAAAGGACCUUAAACAGGACAUGGCCCUGAGGACCACCUCUGACCCUGAAAAAAAGGAGGAGGCCAUACCUCCGCCUGAACCGUAAACAUUCACUUCUGAAUUUGAUCUGUUUUUCCUGCCAUCCUCCCUCUCUUUCAGCACUUCAUUCUCACUCCUAUUUUCUCCUCAUUCCUUUUCAAUCCCUCAUCCUUUACAGGUUUGAUGCACAGCUGACUGUGCAUAUCUCUCAUGCAGCAUUACAUUGUUUUACAUUUUGAGAUUCACUUGUUUACAUUGAGAUGUCUGUAUGAAUUAGACAGAGGAAUGUUCUGUGUUGCAUAUGAAUGAACUGAACUGUAUGUACAUAUAAUAUUUGUCUUGCAGCAAUAAACAAAUGGGAUAUCUGCUA